AUGCUGCGUGUGGUGAUGAUGACUUCAGGAGAGGAGGUGCUCUCACUCUCCGAAACGAGCUUGGAGGACCUCGCCAAGGCUGGCAAGGACCAUGCAAGAGGUCUCAAAGAGCAUCUGGCGCUGCUGACUGGGCACACACGCUUCCGACAGCGCCUACUACGUGGCGACGACAUCUUGAGUGACAGCACCAAGCUCGACUCGCCCAGUGUUUUGCACCUGGUGCUUCUCUCGUUCUGUCCCCCAGACGAUUCACAUCUUCUGGAGUUCGCUGCUGCACUUGCCGUUGACAAUGCCAAUGUCGUCGAGGCGUUCCUGCAGAUUCCUUGCGAUCCAAACCUGUCGCUCAAUGUGGGCAUCACCUUCUUGAGCAUGGCUUCCCAGCAUGGAAGUCUGAAUGCGGCGAAGCUGCUUCUCGAAGCGAGGGCAGACAUCAGCAAGCCAGACUCGCAUGCAGGCAGAAUGCCCCUGCACUGGGCUUGCGCGCGUGGCCACGCGGAGCUUGUAAGAUGCCUGCUCGAAUCUCGAGCUGAUGCAAGUCGAGCGUGGUCACAUGGCGAGAUGAGACUAACGCCGCUGCACCUUGCCAGCGCGACCGGGCACACGGAAGCGUCUCAGGUUCUCAUCGACGCAGAUGCCGCCAUUGAUUCUGCGGCACACUCAACCGGAGUGACGCCCCUCUGGAGUGCUUGCGUAGCAGGGCAGGUUGCGACAGCACGUUUGCUGAUUGAGGCUGGGGCCGAUGUCAACAAGUCAACCUUGGAUGGCACCACACCCCUGAUAGUUGCAUCGAAGGAGAAUCAAGUCGAGGUAGUUCGCCUCUUGAUCCGGUUCAAGGCUGACAAAGAUCAUGUGGCGGCCAGCGGCCUGUCCGCGCUGCAUGUCGCAAGCACAUUGGGACAUGUGGACGUGCUGCAUUCGUUGCUCACGAUUGGUGCUGACAUUGAGGCAGCCUCACCAAUGGGUGCAAGGCCCCUGCACAUGGCUUGUGUAGCAGGACACAUGGAGGCUGUACGCCUGCUGAUUCGGCAAAGGGCAAACCCUCAUCAUGCUGACCGACAGGGUGUUACACCACUGAUGACUGCCUGCUGUACCGGUCGCGCAGACUUGGCACAGCUGUUGGUGCAAGCAGGAGCCGACAGCAACCACGGCACCAUGGUCCAAGGUAACCGCACAGACAUCUUUCCACUACAUGUGGCUUGCUACAAUGGUGAUGCGGAGAUUGCCCAGGUCUUGGUCAACGGUCGGGCAGACCUGACUGCGUCUACAUCACAGGGCCUCACGCCCAUGGACAUAGCUCGCGCUCACGAGCACCACAACGUCACCGAGCUUCUCGAAGCCGCACAGGAGCGACCCAGACGCCGGCGGCGCGUGAAGGGCCCUCCAUAG